CAAGUGUCAGGAGGACAUGAAGAGUUAAGUUGAUGUUCGCCUUCCCCUGUCAGCUUCCCGUUACCACAAUCCUAGUCUUGUGGUGGUGUGCUGUGCUGUCGUCUCUCUCCGAUCUUCCCGAUUCUUCUUACCCCUUCUUCGUCAAGCCGCAGCCGUCGCCUCCCUUGCUCACCACCAUGGUGUCGGACGCCAGCAAGAAGAAGGCCGCGCAGAAGAAGGCGGCCGCCGCCGCCAAGAGGGGAGCCAAGGUCCCGACCCCUUCAUCUUCGUCCUCUGCCGACGCUAAAUCCAUCGGUGCCGUGGCCGCGCUCAAGCUCUCCGAUCGCACCUGCACCGGCGUCCUCGCCUCCCACCCGCUCUCCAGAGAUAUCCACAUAGAGUCUCUUUCAUUAACGUUUCAUGGCCAUGACCUCAUUGUAGAUUCUGAGUUGGAGCUCAACUAUGGGAGGCGUUAUGGUUUGCUUGGCCUUAAUGGCUGUGGAAAAUCUACUCUUCUCACUGCGAUAGGCUGCAGAGAACUCCCUAUACCUGAACACAUGGACAUAUACCAUCUCACCCAUGAGAUCGAGGCUUCAGACAUGUCUGCACUACAAGCUGUUGUCUGUUGUGAUGAAGAAAGAAUGAAGUUGGAAAAGGAAGCAGAGAUUUUGGCUGCACAGGAUGACGGUGGUGGUGAUGCUUUGGAUCGUGUAUAUGAGCGUCUAGAAGCUAUUGAUGCAUCAACUGCUGAAAAGCGUGCUGCUGAGAUAUUAUAUGGUUUAGGUUUUAACAAGCAAAUGCAAGCUAAGAAAACUCGAGAUUUUUCUGGUGGUUGGCGUAUGAGGAUUGCUUUGGCUAGAGCACUCUUCAUGAAUCCAACAAUCCUUUUGCUUGAUGAGCCUACGAAUCAUCUUGAUCUUGAGGCAUGUGUCUGGUUGGAAGAGACGCUAAAGAAAUUUGACCGCAUACUGGUUGUCAUAUCGCACUCCCAGGACUUUCUGAAUGGUGUGUGCACUAACAUCAUCCAUAUGCAGAACAAGAAGCUAAAGUUAUAUACUGGGAAUUAUGACCAAUACAUUCAGACACGCUCCGAGCUUGAAGAAAAUCAGAUGAAGCAGUUCAGGUGGGAGCAGGAGCAGAUUGCAUCAAUGAAGGAGUACAUUGCACGGUUUGGCCAUGGGUCUGCAAAGCUUGCACGUCAGGCUCAGAGCAAGGAGAAAACUCUGGCAAAGAUGGAGCGUGGUGGGCUCACCGAGAAGGUUGUUAGGGACAAAAUACUGGUCUUCCGCUUCACAAAUGUUGGCAAACUUCCACCACCAGUGCUUCAGUUUGUUGAGGUCACGUUUGGGUACACACCAGAUAAUCUCUUGUACAAGAAGCUUGACUUUGGUGUUGACCUGGACUCUAGGAUUGCAUUGGUUGGUCCCAAUGGCGCAGGGAAGAGCACUCUUCUGAAGCUGAUGACAGGUGAGCUGGUUCCAUUGGACGGUAUGGUGAGACGGCACAAUCACCUGCGCAUCGCACAGUUCCACCAGCAUCUGGCAGAGAAGCUGGACCUGGACAUGUCGGCCCUGCAAUACAUGAUGAAGGAAUACCCUGGGAACGAAGAAGAGCGGAUGAGAGCCGCAGUUGGUAAGUUUGGGCUGUCAGGGAAGGCUCAGGUGAUGCCGAUGAGGAAUCUGUCUGACGGGCAGAGGAGCCGUGUCAUCUUUGCGUGGCUGGCAUACAGGCAGCCGCAGCUAUUGCUGCUGGACGAGCCGACGAACCAUCUUGAUAUCGAGACCAUCGACUCCCUAGCGGAGGCGCUGAACGAGUGGGACGGCGGUCUGGUCCUGGUGAGCCAUGACUUCAGGCUGAUCAACCAGGUUGCUCAUGAGAUCUGGGUUUGUGAGAAUCAGGCAGUGACAAGGUGGGAAGGCGAUAUCAUGGAUUUCAAGGAGCACUUGAGAAGCAAGGCUUGUCUAUCGGAUUAAGGGAAGGCCUUGGCUUUCCUUACCUUCUCUUUGGAGAUGUAUUAUCCCUUGUAUAAUUAUGUAUUAUUAUAGGCCCUCCAAGUUUUACUAGUAGCUAGCUGAUCAUCUGAGCAAGUACCUCUGUAUCUGUAUCCUGCUGAGUCUCAUAAUAAGAAGCGAAAGUUUUGUAGUACUAACGUAAUUGUCACGGCAGGAAGUGCCAUGGAGAGCAAGGAUGCGGGAGAAGAGAGGCUGGGAGACUGAAGAAGCAGGAAGUGCGUGGUGUGCGUGCUGUUGGGCUCAAUGUGUGUGGGCGUGAGUUUGGUGGGUUCGGCCCAUGUAAGUGACCUAUAAUUCUGUAGCGAACUGAGAAUAAGGCAGACAAGAAAUAGAACCAGAGAAAAGUUCCCAACCGUAA